CAUGUCACAUUCUUAUAUAUUUUUAAAAGGUUCUCUCAUCCGGUUCCUUCUCAGAUAUCACUGUCUUUAAAGACAGUCUUUAAAGAGGAGGUCCCAAGCCAGGCAGUAGAGUUGUCAGAACAAGCAUCUUGAAAGUUCUGGGAGUGUUCCUGAAAGUGCUCUCCUCCAACCUCCAAGGACCAUGAUCUCUUUGGCUAUCUUUUCCAUCCUCAUCAUUUCAAUACCCGGCUUCUGCUUUGAAUCUGAGAGGUUUGAUAGAUAUGACAUCCCAUCAGCUUGCUGCCACUCUUAUAUCCUACGCAAGAUCCCAUACAAAAUUGUGACAGGCUUCUACGAGACCAGCAGCUUUUGCCACAAGCCAGGUGUCAUCUUCUUCACCAAAAAAGACCUCCAAAUCUGUGCCAAUCCCAGUAAUGAAUGGGUACAGAUGUACAUGUUCAAGCUGAAACAGAAGAAAAAUAUUGAAGAUGACAUCUCCCAAAUGAUACAUCUCAACACAAGUGUCGAAUAAAUAUGGUUUCUAAAAUAAAGCUGUCUUAUGACCU